AUGGAGGUCUUUGAUUUUGACGAUGUUAUGCUCGUGCCGAGAAUGUGCACAUUGGAAUCACGAUCUCAGGCAGAUGUCUCAGCCAAACUUGGUAAACGCACGUUCAGACUUCCACUCAUGGCAGCUAACAUGCCCGCUGUCUUGGAUGAGAAUAUCGCCAUAGAGUUGGCUAAAAGAGAUUACUUCUAUGUGAUGCACAGGUUUAAUAUCGACAUUGUUGCGUUUGCCCGUAAGAUGCGAGAACUGGACCUGUUCGUAUCAAUAUCGAUUGGUGUCCAAGAAUCUUCUUACAAGGUUAUAGACGAUCUCGCAGCGUGCAAUCUUAUACCAGAGUAUGUUACUAUAGAUUUGGCCCACGGUCACACUGAUGCUAUGCGUGUAGUAAUCGAGUAUAUUAGGAAAUUAUUUGGUGAAGAGACUUUUAUCAUCGCUGGUAAUGUAGCUACCCCGGAAGCUGUGCGUGACCUUGAGAAUUGGGGUGCCGAUGCCACAAAAGUUGGACUAGGCCCAGGUUAUGUUUGCAGCACCUCUAUACGCACCGGGUUUGGUACUCGCAACUGGCAAUUAGCAGCCAUUAGAGAAUGUGCUCGGGUAGCUCGUAAGGUAGUUAUUGCUGAUGGUGGAUGCCGUUCAAGUGGUGACAUUGUCAAGGCCAUUCAUAUGGGUGCUGACUGGAUUAUGUCUGGUUACUUCUACACCGGUUUCGUACAAACGCCCGGCGAGACUCAGGUAAAAGAUGGUGUCAAGGUAAAAAGCUAUUAUGGUAACGCUUCAGCCGUGAACAAACAAAAUACCCAUCGUGUCGAAGGCAUUUCUGUGUUUGUACCAUGUGAAGGGUCGCUAUUUGAUAAAAUGAGAGAGAUUGAGGAAGCCCUUCAGUCUGCUGUCUCAUUUUCUGGUGGCAAGCAUAUUGCGGAUGUGCGCAAUUGUGAACAUGUAAUUGUGAGGAGGUAUCACAACAUCCCACCUAGUUCAUAG